AUGGCAAUUGGAUUUGAUGAUCCAAAAGUCACAAUACAUAUCGGUGAUGGAUUUCCAUUUUUAGAGGAUAAAGUUGAUUCUUUCGAUAUUAUAAUUACUGAUGCUUCGGAUCCUGUUGGUCCUGCCGAAUCAUUAUUUCAGGAACGAUAUUAUGAAUUAAUGAAAAAUGCGUUACGUCCUUGUGGAAUCAUUUCAUCACAGGGCGAAUGUCAAUGGCUUCAUUUAGAAUUAAUCUCAGCAGUACAAACUUAUUGUCAUAAAUUAUUCCCCGUAGUGGAAUAUGCUUUUACUACAAUUCCAACUUAUCCUUCAGGUCAAAUUGGUUUCAUAUAUUAUAAUGCUCAAGUUCAUGAAGCUGCUUUUGUUUUACCUCAAUUUACUAAAAAUGUGUUGAAAAAAAUCAUCCCAAAAUAA